AUGUUGCAACACUUUCCCUCUAACCACAAGAUUACAACACAUCAAAAGGAACAAGUAUCGAUUAUGAGGGGACUAGGACAUGAACAAUCAGAUACGUCAGCAUCUGCAAUGCUACAUAACACUUUGAACUUAGAGAAUAGUACAAUAAAACUUCCGUGUGAUACAUUCCGUUCUAGAUUUACAUUUCGUAUAGUAACAGCGUUUCAAUACAAAUGGUUUGCUCUAAGUUGGCUCUGUUCACUGGUAUUAUUUCUUCUGUUCCAAAUUGUUUCAAAUGAAACCGCAAACGUAUUGAUAUUAAUACUCUAUAUCUAUGUUCAGAUAUUUGCUAUAAUAUUUUGCUUUUUUGUCAAUACCAUGAGUUUUUUAAAAUUUCGUAUGUCUCUAGAAGAUAAAAUGAAAUUCUACUCUGAGAUUGUCAACAAUACACCUUACUCAAAUGACCAUUCGUGGGAUGUCAUAUGUUAUAAUAUGAUUACUUAUUUCAAAGAGUCUGGGUUCCCUAAUUCACUUUAUGAUGGUGCAGAUUGUAAUUCAUUAUUUCAAGUUCUCCUUAAGGAUAAGAAAGACGUUAAGAGCGAUACCCAAAACGAUACCGUCGAAGAGGAAUCUUCUUCACUUACGAAAGACACUACUGAUAAGGCGAAGUUGGUAUAUCUAGAGACUGCAAGAGAGAAAGCCCAUCUCGUGUAUCUUCAGUCAGAAAAUUCAUAUUGGGUAAAUAAAUACCCUGAACUUGCGCCUUAG